CCUCCCAACCGUCGGGUUGAUUCACUUUGUUCUAAGGCCACCGCGUUUCAUCUUCCUACCCACGGUCCGCCUACCACAAAUCACCCGCAGAACGUCAACAACAACCUCUCCAACGGCACUCCCGAACCUGACAUUCGCUCCCCAUUCCCACCGCUCGCUUCAACCGAACCAACUACCAGCAUAAUUGCUCAAUUUUUCCGGCGAUCGCUUUAUUACGAUUUUAAUACUCCUCCGCUGCCCUAAUGCCCAUUGUUUGAGUCUCAACAUUGUGCUUUAAUUCCUCCCCAAGAUGUCAGGACAUCCACAAGGAGGCCAAUACGACGAUGGCUAUGGCCGCCAGGGCCAGGGCCAGGACUCGUACUAUCAGGACGACCAGUACGGUCAAUACCAUGACCAGCCAGGUCAACAUGCCUACAGCGACAACCGUGGAGGCUAUGGCGACCAGCACGGCGAUGCAUACUACGAUGAAUCUGCCUAUUACGAUGACCGCGGCGGACAGCAGGGCCACUACCAGGAUGGCUACUAUGACGAUCGUGGUCAACAGGGUUAUCAGGAUGAAUAUUACAACGAUCAGUACUAUGAUCAGGGAGGUGCUCAAGGCGGCUACGGCCAGAAGCCUCGACGUCCCCAUGAUUCCGAAGACGACUCAGAGACCUUCAGCGACUUCACCAUGCGAUCCGACAUGGCGCGGGCCACCGAUAUGGACUACUACGGACGCAACGACGAGCGCUAUAACAGCUAUGGCGAGGGCAUGAACCGUGGGUAUCGCCCUCCGUCCUCCCAGGUCUCCUACGGCGGCAACCGUUCGUCAGGUGCUUCAACCCCCAUCUACGGCAUGGACUACACCAACGCACUUCCCGCUGGACAGCGUUCGAGGGAGCCGUACCCCGCCUGGACUUCGGAGGCACAGAUUCCUUGCACCAAGGAGGAGAUUGAGGACAUUUUCAUCGACUUGACCUCCAAAUUCGGUUUCCAGAGGGACAGCAUGAGGAACAUGUACGACCAUUUUAUGACUCUUCUCGACUCGCGAGCUUCUCGCAUGUCUCCUAACCAAGCUCUUCUCUCUCUCCACGCCGACUACAUCGGUGGAGAAAACGCCAACUACCGCCGUUGGUACUUUGCCGCUCAUCUCGAUCUCGACGAUGCUGUUGGAUUUGCCAACAUGAAACUUGGCAAGGCCAACCGGAGAACACGCAAAGCCCGCAAGGCCGCAAAGAAGAAGGCUGGUGAGAAUCCCGAGAACGAGGCCCAGACUCUCGAGGCAUAUGAGGGCGAUAACAGUCUCGAGGCUGCCGAGUACCGCUGGAAGACCCGUAUGAACCGCAUGUCCCAGCAAGAUCGUGUCCGCCAGAUUGCGCUGUACUUACUCUGCUGGGGCGAGGCCAACCAGGUCCGCUUCAUGCCCGAGUGUCUCUGCUUCAUCUUCAAGUGCGCAGAUGAUUAUCUCAAUUCUCCCGCUGGCCAGGCCCAGACCGAGCCUAUCGAGGAGUUCACCUACCUGAACAACGUAGUCACCCCCAUCUAUCAGUUCUGCCGUGACCAAGGUUACGAGAUCCAGGAUGGAAAGUACGUUCGACGUGAGCGUGAUCACGCUUCGAUCAUCGGCUACGACGAUAUCAACCAGCUCUUCUGGUACCCCGAGGGCAUUGAGCGAAUCGUUAUGGAAGACAAAUCCCGUAUCGUCGAUCUGCCUCCCGCAGAGCGUUACAACAAGCUCAAGGACGUCGUGUGGAAGAAGGUAUUUUUCAAGACAUAUUACGAGCGCCGUUCCUGGUUCCAUAUGUUGGUCAAUUUCAACCGUAUCUGGGUCAUCCACGUCACAUCCUUCUGGUUUUACACAUCUUAUAACUCUCAGCCGAUUUACACCAAGAAUUACGAACAACAAUUCGACAACAAGCCCCCCAAGGCUGCUAUCCUCUCUGCUGUCGCUCUCGGUGGCUCUAUCGCGUCCCUCCUCAUGGUUUUGGCAACGAUCACAGAAUGGCUUUACGUGCCUCGCAAGUGGGCUGGAGCUCAGCAUUUGACCAAGCGCCUGCUCUUCCUCAUCCUUGUUUUCGCCAUCAAUCUCGCUCCCAGUGUUUAUAUCUUCUUCAUUGCCACCGACCAAAAGAGCAAGAUUUCAGAAAUCCUCGGUGUUGUCCAGUUCAUCAUUGCAUUGGCGACCUUCGUAUUCUUCUCCGUCAUGCCAUUGGGUGGUCUUUUCGGUAGCUACUUGACCCGUAACUCUCGUCAAUACGUUGCUAGCCAGACCUUUACUGCCAGCUACCCACGCCUCAAGGGCAACGACAUGUGGAUGUCCUACGGUCUUUGGGUCAUGGUCUUUGCCGCAAAGUUGGCUGAGUCUUACUUCUUCUUGGCCCUCUCGCUCAAAGACCCUACGCGUAUCCUUUCGCAUAUGAAGAAGCCCGACUGUGUCGGUGACGAGAUCCUCAAGACCUACCUCUGCCAGUACCAGCCCAAGAUCUUGCUCGGACUCAUGUUCUUCACCGACUUGAUCCUCUUCUUCCUCGACACCUAUCUAUGGUACAUUAUCUUGAACAUGUUGUUCUCCGUCUCCCGGUCAUUCUACCUUGGUGUCUCCAUCUGGACGCCUUGGAGGAACAUCUUCUCUCGCCUGCCCAAGCGUAUCUACUCUAAGAUCUUGGCCACCACCGAUAUGGAGAUCAAGUACAAGCCCAAGGUCCUCAUUUCCCAGAUCUGGAAUGCAAUUGUCAUCUCCAUGUACCGAGAGCAUCUCCUUGCCAUUGAUCAUGUCCAGAAGCUCUUGUACCACCAGGUUCCUUCAGAGCAAGAGGGCAAGCGCACGCUCCGAGCUCCCACCUUCUUCGUUUCCCAGGAAGAUCACUCAUUCAAGACCGAGUUUUUCCCUGCUCAGAGCGAGGCUGAACGUCGUAUCUCCUUCUUCGCCCAGUCUUUGUCCACACCAAUUCCCGAGCCUCUUCCCGUCGACAACAUGCCCACCUUCACCGUUAUGAUCCCCCACUACAGCGAGAAGAUUCUCUUGUCGCUUCGUGAGAUUAUUCGUGAGGACGAGCCUUAUUCGCGAGUCACUCUUCUCGAGUACCUCAAGCAGCUCCACCCCCAUGAGUGGGAUUGCUUCGUCAAGGACACCAAGAUUCUUGCGGAUGAGACCUCCCAAUUCAACGGCGACCCCGAAAAGUCUGAGAAGGACACUGCUAAGAGCAAGAUCGAUGAUCUUCCGUUCUACUGCAUUGGUUUCAAGUCUGCUGCUCCCGAGUACACCCUCCGUACGCGUAUUUGGGCGUCGCUCCGAUCCCAAACCCUGUACCGUACCAUCUCUGGUUUCAUGAACUACAGCCGUGCCAUCAAGCUUUUGUACCGUGUCGAGAACCCCGAGGUGGUUCAGAUGUUUGGUGGAAACUCUGACAAGCUCGAACGUGAGUUGGAGCGUAUGGCUAGGCGCAAAUACAAGAUCUGUGUUUCCAUGCAGCGCUACGCCAAGUUCUCCAAGGAAGAGCGUGAGAACACUGAGUUCUUGCUUCGUGCAUACCCCGAUCUCCAGAUUGCCUACUUGGACGAGGAGCCACCAAUCAACGAAGGCGAUGAGCCUCGCAUCUACUCUGCUCUGAUUGACGGUCACUCCGAGAUCAUGGAAAAUGGGAUGCGUCGCCCCAAGUUCCGCAUCCAGCUUUCCGGCAACCCUAUCCUUGGAGACGGAAAGUCCGACAACCAGAACCACUGCAUCAUCUUCUACCGUGGCGAGUACAUCCAGCUCAUCGACGCUAAUCAGGACAACUACCUCGAGGAGUGUCUCAAGAUCCGAAGCGUUUUGGCUGAGUUCGAAGAGCUGACUACCGACAAUGUUUCUCCCUACACUCCUGGUAUUCCCAACCCCAACUUCAACCCUGUUGCCAUUCUUGGUGCUCGUGAAUACAUUUUCUCCGAGAACAUUGGUAUCCUUGGUGACGUUGCUGCCGGAAAGGAACAGACGUUCGGUACUAUGUUUGCUCGUACACUUGCUCAGAUUGGUGGUAAGCUCCAUUAUGGUCAUCCUGAUUUCUUGAACGGUAUUUUCAUGACCACUCGUGGUGGUGUCUCGAAAGCCCAGAAGGGUCUCCAUCUCAACGAGGAUAUUUACGCCGGUAUGAACGCCCUCAUUCGUGGUGGUAGAAUAAAGCACUGCGAGUACUACCAGUGCGGUAAGGGUCGUGAUCUUGGUUUUGGUUCCAUUCUCAACUUCACAACCAAGAUUGGUACCGGUAUGGGUGAGCAGAUGCUGUCCCGUGAAUACUACUACCUCGGCACCCAGCUCCCAUUGGAUCGAUUCCUCUCUUUCUACUACGCCCAUCCUGGUUUCCACAUCAACAACUUGUUCAUCAUGUUGUCGGUGCAGUGCUUCAUGUUCGUCCUCCUCAACUUGGGUGCUCUCAACCACGAGACGAUUCUCUGCCGAUACAACAAGGAUACCCCCAUCACCGAUCCUCUCUGGCCCAAUGGUUGCGCGAACUUGGUCCCUGUCUUUGACUGGGUUGCCCGUUGCAUCAUGUCCAUUUUCAUCGUGUUCUUCAUCUCCUUCGUUCCCCUCGUUGUCCAGGAACUCACGGAGCGUGGCUUCUGGCGCGCUGCAACCCGUCUCGCUAAGCAUUUCUCUUCUGGCUCGCCCUUCUUCGAAGUGUUCGUCUGCCAGAUCUAUGCCAAUGCCCUUCACACCGAUUUGGCAUUUGGUGGUGCUCGUUACAUCGGUACUGGACGUGGUUUCGCGACUGCCCGUAUUCCUUUCGGUAUCUUGUACUCUCGAUUUGCCGGUCCCUCCAUCUACAUCGGUGCUCGAUCUCUCAUGAUGCUUCUCUUCGGUACCAUGACUGUCUGGGGUCCUUGGCUCAUCUACUUCUGGGCGUCCCUGCUGUCUCUCUGCGUCUGCCCCUUCCUGUUCAACCCUCACCAGUUCUCCUGGGACGACUUCUUCAUUGACUACAGGGAGUACCUCCGCUGGCUCUCUCGCGGCAACACUCGCUCUCACAGCGCGUCAUGGAUCGGUUACUGCCGCCUUUCGCGUACUCGUAUCACUGGUUACAAGCGCAAGGUUCUUGGUGACCCCUCAUCUAAGCUCUCUGGAGAUGUUCCGCGUGCCCAGUUCGGCAACAUCUUCUUCAGUGAGAUCCUCGGCCCUCUCGUUUUGGUCGCCAUUACCCUCAUUCCUUACUUGUUCAUCAAUGCCCAGACAGGUGUAGCCGGUGACACUCGUAAUGACCAGGCAGACGUCAAGGCUACCAACUCGCUCAUUCGUGUUGCCCUUGUUGCCUUUGGACCCAUCGCCGUCAAUGCUGGUGUACUCGCAGGCCUUUUCGCAAUGGCCUGCUGCGCUGGUCCAUUGCUCAGCAUGUGCUGCAAGAAGUUCGGUGCCGUCUUGGCUGCUAUUGCUCACGCUAUCGCUGUCAUCAUGCUUCUUGCCUUCUUCGUCGUCAUGAUGUUCCUCGAGGGCUUCAGCUUCGUCAAGGCCUUGUCAGGCAUGAUUGCUGUGGUUGCGAUCCAGCGAUUCUUCUUCAAGCUCCUUAUCUCCUUGGCCCUUACCCGUGAAUUCAAGGCUGAUACUUCGAACAUCGCUUGGUGGACUGGUAAAUGGUACACCAUGGGCUGGCACACAAUCUCUCAACCCGGUCGUGAAUUCCUUUGCAAGAUCACCGAGCUUGGAAUGUUCGCCGCUGAUUUCAUCUUGGGUCACUUCAUCCUCUUUGUCAUGCUUCCCGUCCUAUUGAUCCCCUACGUCGACAAAUUCCAUUCCGUCAUGCUUUUCUGGCUUCGUCCAAGUCGUCAAAUCCGACCUCCGAUCUACUCGCUCAAGCAAACCAAACUGCGAAAGCGACGCGUCAUUCGCUAUGCCAUCCUCUACUUCGUUAUCUUGGUCGUUUUCGUGGCCCUCAUCGCCGGCCCCAUUGUCGGUGGCAAGUACAUCAAACUCAACUUCAACAUCCCCAUGGAGUUGCUCCAGCCUACCGGUCUCAAGAACAACGACACCAAGACCCAGGUCACUGGCUCAUGUAUUCUCGGUGCCUGCCCUGGUCCUGGCGGCGACUCCGAACCCACUAGCCUUGACCGUCGCUGGAUGGCGUUUUAAGCGACUGAGUUUGGAUACAAAUAGAUUGUGAACACACAUGCCUCAGAAGGCAUUUUUUAUUGCAUUGUACAACAUGGCGCAAGCAUGAAAAUGGCAGACCGAUAUGGUCCCAUAAUG